AUGUCUUCCGAUAGUGACAGAAUAUCAGUAAGAGCUCGGACGAUCGCAAUAGUGGGCGCAGGGCCUUCAGGUGUGGUGGCAGCGAAAUACCUCCGUGCAGAGAAAGCAUUCGACAAGAUUGUGUUGUUCGAACAACGAAGUAGACCAGGAGGAAUAUGGAUAUAUACAGGCGAACAACGAGACGAGAAUCUCUUCGACAUACCCCAGACUAAUCCAAACAAAGAUGUACAAAAGCCGGAAUGGCAGUCUAAAGAAGCAGUAGCGAAUGGGAGUAUCGAUACCAAUGGGAUAAACGGCGCAUCAAGAAUACCUUCAUUCUUAUCACCAAUGUACGAGAAGCUGGAGACGAACAUACCUAGGGGAUUGAUGGGCUUCCAGGAUCUGGACUGGCCAUCUGAUAGCCAAUUGUUCCCUACGCACCAGACGGUCCUCAAAUACAUCGACGACUACUCUGCGGACGUCCAAAAUCUUGUUCGAUACUGCACACAAGUGACCAGUAUCAACCCAGUUGAUCCGAAUAAGACUAGCAGCUCAUGGACCGUCACGACACGGAAUCUGAUCACGAACCAAGACACUUCCGAAGUAUACGAUGCAGUGAUUGUAGCAAACGGCCAUUUCAUAGUUCCCUACAUCCCUCCCAUGGAUGGUAUCAAGGAAUGGGCCGCACAACACCCUGGCCGCAUCAGUCAUUCGAAAUACUACCGCAAACCCGAAGACUUCAAUACUAAGAAAGUAAUCGUUGUAGGCAACUCGGCAUCAGGCGCAGACGUCAGUGCCCAGAUUGCCGAGUUCUGCCAAAAGCCGCUGCUAUGGUCUACACGCUCACAGUCUAUGUUUAGCGCUACGCAUGGAACAGCAGGUGAAGAUCAAAAGAGACGAGAAGUUCCGCCAAUAAAGAAGUUUAUUCCCGCUAGUAGAGGUGUUAUAUUUGAAGAUGGGACGGAAGAGCACGACAUUGACGCUAUCGUUUUUGCUACAGGUUACUUCUACAGUCUGCCUUUUCUACAAGAUGUGAAGCCUGAACUCAUCACAACCGGCGAGAGAGUAAACAACACCUACCAGCACCUCUUUUACGCGCCACGGCCUACUUUGAGCUUCUUAGCCCUAAACCAACGCGUAAUCCCUUUCCCUAUAGCAGAAGCGCAAUCCGCCGUCCUUGCACGCGUGUAUUCCGGUCGGCUUUCCCUACCACCACUAUCAGACAUGCGCAAGUGGGAAAGAGUCAUAGAGGAAGAAAUGGGCGCUGGGCGAAACUUCCAUCUCUUACCCUUUCCUAAAGAUGCGAAUUAUAUCAAUGCAAUGAGUAGAUGGGCAUUGAGUGCCGAGAACAAAGAGGGCCUGGAAAAUGAAGGCAAAGGAAAGAUACCGCCCAUUUGGGGCGAAUGGCAAUACUGGUGCCGUGAAAACUUCCCGAAGAUACGACAGGCUUUUGGCAAGAUGGGGGAGAAGAGAAGAGAGAUUAGAGACGUCAAGGAAUUAGGCUUUGACUUUGAAGAAUACCAGAAAGAGCAAGCACAAGAGAGUAAUGGCGACAAGAACAAGUAG